AUGCCCGAUAUUGAGCCUAACAGAGGGGUGUGGCUGCACAAUCUCGCUGUCUCAUUUUGGAAGUUGUUUGAGAGAACCCAAGAGCUUGACAAUCUGGAGAUGGCCAUCAAGCGAGGCGAGGAUGCUUUGGUAGCAAUGCCUUCCAACUGCCCGGAGAAAGCAACUAUACUCGCCAAUCUCACAGUUUCCCUUCGAACUAUGCAUGGGAGUACAAGCGACAUUACAUACCUACGAAGGGCUGCUAUAUGCGCUGAGGAGGCUUUGGCAGCGGUUCCGCAAGAUGACCCAACGGGGCCGGUUAUCAUGGACACGGUCGCGAUGACGCAUCUUGCCAUCUUUGAUCAGACCGGCAACAAGAAAAAUUUACGAUUCGCUCUCCAACUCGGCCAAAGGGCUGCAACAGAGUUUUCUGAUGACGACGCGGGAAAAUGGUCUAUUUUAAACAAUCUCGCCUUGCUUUUUCGAGUCAGCUUUGAGCGAACUGGUGACCCUGGCAAUUUACAGACAGCCAUCACGCUAGGCGAAAAGGCAUUGCAAAAGGCCUCGGACCAACAGCCGGCCACAGCAACUAUAUUGCACACUCUUUCCGAUGCUCACCAGGCGAGAUUUGACAGAGUUGGGGACCUUCGCGACUUGGACAUGGCCAUCAAACGGGGUGAAGAAGCCCUACAGAUGACGUCUCCUGAUCGCCCAGAAAGAGCAAGCAGGUUGAAAAGUCGAGCCCAUGCCCGUCAGAUGAGAUUUCUAAGGACAGGCAACCUGAAUGAUCUGCGUGUGGCCAUUGCUCGUGGCGAAGAGGCUGUAGCAAUGACACCUGACGGCCACCAGGAACUGGGAAACAGGUUGAACAGCCUAGCCAUUUCAUUUGAGCUAAAGUUCAAGACGACAAACAACCCGGAAGACUUGCAAUCAGCAAUUUCAAACAUGGAGGCAGCCAUAGAAUUGCUUGACAAGUCACACGCGAAAAGAGGAUUACUGUUGGCCAAUUUAGCGAGCUUACUUCGAGUCAAGUUUGAGACGACAGGUCAACUAGAAGGGUUGGAAAUGGCCAUUGAACUAGGCCAAGAAGCCCUAAGAACAAUACCUGACGACCAUGCAAAAAGAGAAUCCGCGCUUGUUGCAGUGGCCGGUUUACUCUUUCUCAAAUCCGAAAGUAACGGCGAGUGGGCAGCUUUCGACCAAUCCAUCAAUCUCUGUAUUGAAGCCGCAAAUCUGUCUCAUUCACCACCUCUUCUGCGAAUAAGGUCAGCGGUGUUGGCAGGCUCAAUGUUGCCUGCUAGAGGCAAAUGGGAAGAAGCAAGUCGUAUCACAGAACUCGCUGUGAGCCUUCUACCAAGAGUCGCCUCUCGUCAACUGAGUCAACAUGAUCAGCAACAUCUGCUCAGCGAAUUUAGUGGUGUGGUCACGAUGGCCGCAUCUUUAGCUCUCGAAGCUGGAAGACCGCCACUUGACGCUGUGAAGCUGCUAGAGUUGGGCAGAGGAAUCAUCAUUGGUCUCCGGUCUGGGUUGCGGUCGGAUGUGUCAGAGCUCCGAGAGCAUCACCCGCGAUUGGCGAAAAGAUUCGAAGAGCUUCGAGUUAUGCUGGACUCUCCAUACAAAGAUAUGUCUGAUAUUGAAGCUGGGGGCGACUCUUUGAGCGCGAUGCGAAGGAGAAAUGACCGCCACCAGGCAAGUAUUGAUCUUGACGAGAUCAUUAGUCAGAUUCGUCUGCUUCCUGACUUCGGCCACUUUCUCCUCCCUCCAUCAGUCGAGGAACUGAACGCUGCUGCAUCUGACGGGCCCAUUGUACUCAUUAAUUCCAGCGGAUUUCGCUGCGAUGCAUUCCUCAUUGAGACGGAUACCAUUCGGUCGAUACGACUUCCCAAGUUACACCACCCUGACGUUAAAAGAAAGGUCGACAGCUUGACAUCGAUUCGCUCCCACUAUCCAUCGCAUCAGAAAACCAGAGAUGAGAUGUUCAGUAUACUAGAGUGGCUCUGGGACGUCGCAGUGUGCCCGAUCCUAGAUACACUAGGCUUUCGGAAGUUCCCCAUGAACAACAACUGGCCCCGAAUCUGGUGGAUCCCAACCGGCGAGUUAAGCUCACUACCGCUGCAUGCUGCAGGCCGUCAUGCCUCUUUUUCGACAGACACAGCACUUGACAGGGUAGUUUCGUCUUACAGUCCGUCAGUCAGAGCUCUGCUACAUGCUCGUCGGCAAAUCAGAACGGCUCGUAAUCUCAUGAUUGAUCAUGCCCUCCUGGUAUCAAUGACGACAACGCCAGAAUGUUCCAAUCUCAGAUUUGCGAAAAAUGAAGUGGAAAAACUGGAAAGUCUUCUCCCUACCACAAUGAAAAGAACAAGACUCGAACAGCCAUGCAGCAAAGACGUACUCAGAGGACUGGAAGAAUGUUCCAUAUUCCAUUUUGCUGGCCACGGGAAAUCGCAUCUGUCAAAUCCUUCAAAGAGUUCCUUGCUCACUAGGGAUUGGCAAGAACAUAUGUUGACAGUUGAGGACCUUAUGAAUCUGAACCUCAACAAAGGGGACGUGCCGGCGAUUAAACAAUACUACCACCACCACCACCUGUCAGCCUGCUCGACCAACAAGAGCCACUCGGCCGACCUUCAGGAUGAAGCGAUAUAUCUGGUAACUGCAUGCCAGCUGGCGGGCUUUAAGCAUGUCAUCGGAUCGCUAUGGGAGACAUCUGACCGCUAUUCAGUUGAAGUAGCGGAAGAGGUGUACAGAACCAUAUACACCCUCGAUAAAGCUGGUGACGACACAUCGAUAUCGCUGGGUGUGCACAAAGCUGCGAGGCGUCUCCGAGAUAUCACCAGUCUGGAACACGAAAGGAAAUGUACAAACCCCUCAGAUUCCACAGAACAUGAGAAUGAGGAGUUGGAGUCGAGAAAUGGACGGGUUCUCAAAUCCAAGGGUAAAAGCAAAGGAAGUAAUCCGUUGAUUUGGGCGGCUUAUAUUCACGUUGGACCUUAG